CCCAGCCAGUCAACAUGGCGGCCGAUGUAGCGUCUUGGGAUGUGGAAGACGUCGAGCGUUGGCUGGUAGAAAAUGGUUUCAGUCGGUAUGUCGAUUUGCUUUGCAAGGAGCAUAAAAUAGACGGAAUGUGUCUGCUGAAUUUAACGGAACGAGAUCUACGGGAAGCUCCAAUGCAAAUCAAAGUUUUAGGUGACGUGAAACGGUUGUGGCUGUCAAUUGUUGAAUUACGCAAGACUUUCCAACUGUCUAUUAAAGGAGCAUCAAGUCAAUUUCGGUUCAACACUUACUCGAAGCGAACGGAGGACCUUUCGGACGGCCGCAUUUUCUCAGAUUCCGACUCUGAACCGGAGUCAAGUGAAAUUAUUGUCCGACUGUCGAGGAUCGGCGAUUUUGGACGCAGCGUCUCUGCAAUUGUUUAUUGUGUCGUUGUACUUAUAAUCACUGCUCUAACAAUGACGAUUGUGCACGACCAGGUGCCAGACAUGAAUCGCUAUCCGCCUCUUCCCGAUAUAUUUUUGGAUAACAUACCACUGAUACCAUGGGCAUUUUACAUGUGUGAGAUAUGUGCCACUUUAAUGGGCUUUAUUGCCUGUUUGAUCAUUUUUUUCCACAAGCAUCGAUUGAUCGUGAUUCGCCGUGUGUGUGCCAUCUCCGGAACGGUUUUCCUACUUAGAUGUGUUACAAUGUUUGUAACUUCUUUGAGUGUUCCUGGUGUGCACCUUGAAUGUACUGGAAAGAUCUACGGCAGCUGGGAAAUGCGAUUACGGCGAGCAUUUACGAUCUUUUUUGGUGGAGGCCUCGCAUUGAAUGGUGUCCGUUCCUGUGGUGAUUACAUGUACAGUGGACACACUUGUGCUAUCACCUUGCUGAAUUUUUUUGUUUCAGAAUAUACACCUAGACGUUGGACAUUUCUUCAUACGUUUUGCUGGAUACUCAAUGUAUUUGGCAUCUUCUUCAUUCUCGCUGCUCACGAGCACUAUUCCAUCGAUGUUUUUAUAGCGUUUUACAUAUCCUCGCGAAUCUUUCUCUAUUAUCACGCUCUGGCGAACGCGCAGACGAUGGACAGCCGCGAGAAAUUUCGAACUCGAUUCUGGUUUCCUCUUUUCUGGUUUUUCGAAAGCAACUGCAAGUUCAAAGGUCCAGUACCGAACGAAUACGAAUGGCCGAUCGCGCCAUUUUGGAAAGCAAAGACACCAUAGAAUUAUUCGCUUUAUUUAUUACGAAACAUUUCGUCAUUAAUUGGAAAAAUAUUGAAUUAAUAUAUCUGGAAAGUGUGAUUUUAUUACGUUGAAAAUUAAUAAAUUGCCUUUGUAAACAUUUCGUAUUGUAACGUUUCGACAAGUACGUGUAGUACUUGCGGAAACGUUCAGAAUAAAAAUGUUUACUUUUUACGACGUAUCGAA